AUGAACCUGAUCGCAUACUCCGACUCCGAUUCCGACUCCGACGGCGAUGCUCCGCCUGCGCCCGCGCCUGCGCCCAAGCCCGCGCCCAGAUCCUUCCACAAAGUCGUCGACCGCGCCCACCCCGGUCGCAUCAAGCUCAGCCUGCCCGGCGCCGCGUCCACACCCACCGACAGAGACGACAUCGAGUCCGAGGCACCGCCCGCCAAGAAGCCGCGCACGGGGGCGGGCCCUGGCCUGGCUGGCUUCAACUCGAUGCUGCCCGCGCCCAAGAAAGGCCAUGCCAAGCCAGCUGCAGCAGGCGCAACGCCGGCGACCAGGGCACUGGGCAAGGGCCUGGGUGCGGGUGUUAACCUGCGGACUGGCGCGGAGCCUGCUUUCAAGAGAGAGCCCAAGCUGGACCUGGAAGAGCACGACGGCAACGGCAACGUCAUCGAGAAGGCGCCGAUGAAGCGGGACGACUUUCGAGCCAUGCUGAACCUGCCAACCCCCAGGUCAGAGCAGAAGACGUCGCCCAAGCCAUCGUCGCCUGCCUCCGUUCCAGACACAGCACAAGGCGCACCCGCUCCCAAGCCAGCCGCUCCAAGGUUCGUACCCAUGUCCGUGGGCAAAGGCAAGAAAAAGAAGCCCGUGGCGCCUCGUUCAGCCGCAGCGCCGGCGGGGGAAAGCAAGUCUGCAGCAUCGCCACUUGUCGAAGCUCGACCGCCACCGAAGCCGAAGCCGUCGUUGUUCGGUGUCUCGCAAGAAGCAGAGGCGCCUUCCGAGCAGAAGACAAAUGGCGCAUACCAGCCGAUCAUGUAUGGAUUCGACGACGACGAAGACGAGGACGACGAUGCACUAGCCACCGACGGAGCUUUCGGCGCACAGCCAGCACACCACACAGCACAACACGCCUUCGCACCACCCUCCGCAGCCGCGCCUAGCGAGCUCACUAACAUUGCAUCUGAACUCAACCUCUCCGAAGCAGAGCGACGGCAGCUGUUUGGGAAAAAGGGCCGGAACGGACCUGACUUCUCCUCCGCCAGGAUCGUCGAGUUCAACACGGACACCGAAUAUGCACACAACGAGCAGCUGCGGCAACAAGGUGAACAAGCGCAACACAACCCCCUCAAGUCCAUCUCGGGUACGGGCAAGAACAGCUUGCGCAGCUUGGUCAGCGUGGCGAGCACGCAAAAAGAGGCGCUCGAGGAGCACUUCGCCACGAGCCACAGAAACAAGAGAGAAGCUGGUAACCGCUACGGCUGGUAG